AUGAUGAAUCAAACGAUAUUACCUUCACAACAAGCAACACUUUACAUGUCAAGUUCUGGUGGAACAGAUCCGAAUUCUUCAUCGUCAGUGGCGACAAUGAACUCUACACAAUUAAAUCUAUUUAAUCAUCAAAUCCAUGCAUAUAAAUAUCUCGCACGAAAUCAAACUGUGCCUGAACAGCACAUGAAUGUCAUCAAACGAAGUCAACAACCGCAAACACAAUUCUAUCCACCAAAUGCUGUGAUCUCCAAGCAAACAUCCGACUCUCGGUUUAGUUCACCAACGAUCAACACAAUCAAACCGCCAGUCAAUGGCACAACUCCACGUUUUCCCGGCGCAUCAACGCACUAUUCACCUGUACAAGUGAAUGGUAAUACAGCCACAACUAACAUUUAUCAUCCAUCGACAACUGUCCAAGCUUCAACAAAUAUUAUCAGUCAAACUCCAUCGGUAACUGAGAAUGUUCUCACUAACGUAUCAAGUAUUUCCUUGAAUAAUAAUUCGACUGUCACAACUCGUCCAACUAAUCUUCGCAUAACGCCAGUGCAGAAACCAACUGGUUUAGAUAUGCAAGAGGUUCUUGCUGAGCGUGAUCUUCGUAUUCAACAUAAUAUCGUUGUUCGAAUAAGUGAAUUAGAAAACUAUUUACCAACACUGAUUCAAACUGAUUUACGAAUGAGAGCUAUGAUUGAACUCAAAGCAUUGAAAUUAUUGAAUUUCCAACGACAGCUUCGCACAGAAGUCGUCACUUGUAUGCGCUUAGACUCCAGUCUCGAAACAGGUAACAAUCCCCGGUUAUACAAACGUUCGAAACAAUUCGGCAUGCGCGAGGCACGUGCUACAGAAAAAUUAGAGAAACAACAACGAGCUGAGAUUGAUCGCAAACGACGACAAAAGCAUCAAGAGUAUCUCAGCGCUGUUCUAACAGUUGCACGAGAGUUCAAAGAAUUCCAUAAGUCAGUUCAAUUGAAAACCAAUAAAUUAGCACGCUCGAUACUUUCUUGGCAUCAAAAUACAGAACGUGAGCAAAAGAAAGAACAGGAAAAACGUGAUCGAGAACGUAUGCGUCGUUUAAUGAACGAAGACGAAGAUGGUUAUCGAAAACUGAUCGAUGAAAAGAAAGACAAACGUCUAGCUUAUCUAUUAUCUCAAACCGAUGCGUACAUAAUAAGUUUGGUGAAUCUUGUCAAAGAACAUCAAGAUGAUUUGAAAAAGAAGAAGAUGGAGAAGAAACAGAAUUAUACCGAAGACGUUCAACAAACGACGGACGAUGUGAACUGUCUACGCGUUAAAGUGAAAAAUUCAACGACAGGUGAAAUCAAAGAAGGACAAGAUGCACCAUUAUCAUCCGAACUAGAUGCCUGGUUGGAGAAAAAUCCAGGAUGGCAACCGUUGCCGAGAGAUGCCAGUGAUGAUGAAGACGAUGAUUCAUCACGUUUACCUGAGACAACGACGACAGCAACACCUAUCGCAGUUCCAACACCUGAAGAACAAGAGAAAGGUAUUGUUGAGGAUGAUAAUAUAGUUAAGGAAGUUAUAACAAAAGCCAAGCAAGCUACCGACGAUGAUGAAUAUCAUACAUCAUCAACCGAUUCGUAUUAUGCUGUUGCACAUCGAGUUCGUGAGCGCGUAACGAAACAAUCAUCAUUGCUCAUUGGUGGAAUUCUGAAACCAUAUCAAAUUCAAGGCUUAGAAUGGCUUGUUUCAUUGUACAAUAACCAUCUGAAUGGUAUUCUAGCUGAUGAAAUGGGUCUCGGAAAAACAAUUCAAACAAUUGCUUUAAUCACAUAUCUAAUGGAAGUGAAAAAAGUUAACGGUCCUUAUCUGAUCAUCGUACCUUUGUCAACAUUGGCGAAUUGGGUUAACGAAUUCGGUAAAUGGUCACCAGCUGUUUCGACUAUUAUUUUCAAAGGCAAUCCUCAGACACGUAAAAUCCUUGGUCAAACUCUUCGCAGUGGCAAAUUCAAUGUACUUCUAACGACCUAUGAAUACAUUAUUAAAGAUAAAGCACUUCUGGCAAAAAUAAAAUGGCGUUACAUGAUUAUCGACGAAGGUCAUCGUAUGAAAAAUCAUCACUGUAAAUUAACUCAAGUUCUCAACACGUACUACAUCGCUCCUCAUCGUUUGCUGUUGACCGGUACACCAUUGCAAAACAAAUUACCUGAAUUAUGGGCUCUAUUGAACUUUCUUUUACCAUCGAUCUUUAAAUCUUGUACGACAUUCGAACAAUGGUUCAACGCACCGUUCGCAACGACAUGCGAAAAAGUCGAAUUGAAUCCUGAAGAAACUCUCCUCAUCAUUCGACGUCUACACAAAGUCUUACGACCGUUUCUUCUACGUCGAUUGAAAAAAGAAGUCGAAUCUCAACUACCUGAUAAAGUUGAAUAUGUUAUCAAAUGUGAUAUGUCUGCGUUACAAAGAGUUAUGUAUAAUCAAAUGCAAUCCACUGGCAUGCUCUUAACCGAAGACAAAAAUGGUAAAGGAAGCAAUCCAAAAGCUUUAAUGAAUACGAUCAUGCAGUUACGGAAAAUCUGCAAUCAUCCAUUUAUGUUCAAUGAAGUUGAGGAAAAGCUCAGUCAACAUUUUAACUAUUCAAGCAGUGUUUGUAUGGGAGCUGAUCUCUAUCGUGCAGCUGGUAAAUUCGAACUACUCGAUCGUAUACUACCAAAAUUCAAAGCAACGAAUCAUCGUGUCCUACUCUUCUGUCAGAUGACUUCGUUGAUGACUAUUAUGGAAGAUUACUUUGCUUACAAAAAUUUCACCUAUUUACGUCUGGAUGGUCAGACAAAGUCGGAAGAGCGUGGGGAUUUACUAGCAAAAUUCAGCGAAGCUAAUUCAGAUAUAUUCAUCUUUCUCUUGUCGACACGUGCCGGUGGUUUGGGCUUGAAUUUGCAAAAGGCAGAUACAGUUAUUAUCUUCGAUUCGGAUUGGAAUCCACAUCAAGAUUUACAAGCUCAAGAUCGUGCACAUCGUAUCGGUCAAGUAAACGAAGUUCGUGUACUUCGUUUAAUGACCAUCAACAGUGUUGAAGAGAAGAUCUUAGCUGCUGCGCGUUACAAAUUGAACGUUGAUGAGAAAGUUAUUCAAGCAGGCAUGUUCAACAACAAAUCAACUGGUAACGAACGACGACAAUUUUUACAACAGAUCCUUUUACAAGAGACGGAAGAGGGUGAUGAAGAAGAAGAUGAAGCUCCUGAUGACGAAGUUAUCAAUCAAAUGAUUGCACGAUCUGAAGAAGAAUACAAUAUUUUCAAUAAAAUGGAUCGCGAACGUCGACAUGCUGAAGCUCGAUUAUCCAAUAGAAAGUCACGAUUGUUUGAAUUAUCCGAACUGCCAUCAUGGUUAACAAAAGAUCCAAAAGAAUUGGAAAGUGCAUUGCUUGAUCAGGAGACCCUCGAUUUACUUGGACGAGGUUCACGGCAACGAAAAGAAGUUGACUAUUCCGAUUCAUUAACCGAAAAGGAAUGGCUGAAAGCUGUAGAAGAUGGUACAUUAAAUUCUCUAGAACAUGAUAGAAAACGUCGACGUAAACGACGUACGCUGAAUGAGGAUGCUGACGAUGAUGAUGAUGGUCAACACGACGAUCUCGAUGGACGACAGUUUGACCGUGACAUUGAUGGAGUUGAUUCAAAGUCCGGUAAAAGAAGUGGAAAACGUAAACUAAAAGAUUCACAUAAACAUUACCAAAAUGAGCCAAUUCCGACGAAAUUGUAUAAACAAAUGCAAACAUUAUUAGAAGUUGUGAUUAAAUAUCGUGACGAUGAAGACAAUCGGGUUUUGAGUAAACCAUUCAUGCGGUUGCCAACACCAAAAGAACUACCAGAAUACUAUGAAUUGAUAAAACAUCCUGUUGAUUUCAAUAAGAUUAAGAAAAAGCUUGGUGAAUCUCGUUAUCGUACUUUGGAUGAUCUCGAAGCGGAUGUGAUGCUGCUAUGUAAAAAUGCUCAAGAAUUCAAUGUAGAAAACUCCAGUAUUCACGAGGAUUCAAUUAUACUUCAAUCAGUAUUCACAAGCGCACGCGAACGUCUGGAAAAGGGUGAAAUUGCAGUUAGUUCGAAUUCCGAAGAUGAAUCCGACGAUGAUGAACCAUUGAAAAAACGAGUCAAAAAAGAAGACAGUUCAAAGAAGAAGUCUCACACUCAAUCGCAUACACCUGGCAGUGUUGGCAGUAAUUCAAACAGUCGGCGUAAGAAUCGUGUGAUGAGUGAUGAUGAAGAUAUCACCAUGGACGAAACAAAUCAAUCGUUGCUCGGCGGUCUUGAAGGUGAUGAUGAUGACGAAGAAACUCGCGGUUCUGGUUCACGUCACAAAUGA